GCUUUCUUCGUCACACAGAUAGUUGUGAUUGCUCCUGGGGGGAGAGAGCGGUCGGGUACUGUUACCUUUUCAGCACAAUUAUGCACGUUUAAGUCAUGUAAGAAGCUCUGUAAUGUCAAAAGAACAGGAUAAAGAUACCUUCUCGCUCAAAAGAACCCGAGGUAGAGAUGGUGGGCUUGAUGAUCUAGGAGGGCCUGGUGUUCUGCUGGAUAGCCCAGACAAGAAAAAGUGCAAGUCGAACGCACAGGCUCCUUUCUUCGCUCCCCUAUCUGAGUAUGCUCCACCACCAAACCGAAGUGCCGACCACCUAGUGGCUGCCAAUCCUUUUGAUGACAACUACAACGCACCAUCUUUCAAGCCUCUGUCCUCUGGGAACUCAUAUUUUGGCCAUCCGCACUACCCUGGCUGCAGUGGCUAUGGCCCGCCCAGGAUGGACCACCUUAUGCCCAAUAGGAUGCCCUCUUCUUACAGGGGUCCCUACCAGAUACGAAACCAUCUCCACCCUUUUGCCCAGACUCAAAUGGGCAUGGGGUUCAAUCGAUCCCCCGGCUUUAACUAUGGUUACCAUGAAAAUCCCAAUUAUGGUAACCAUCCACCAUUAAGCAACAACAACAGUAUCAUGCCACUUCCACCCAAUCAAUCUUUCAGACCAGGUCCCCGUGACAACUUAAAUCAGGUGCAUCUGCAUAAUGUGACCCAACGCACUUCUCCUGACAUGGGCCCGAGCUUUAGAUCAGCGGUCAUCCCAAUUGGGAAUCCACCUCCCCGACCCGGCAUGGACUCUAGUCCCGGUUUUACUCGGCAGCAGCAAAACAACAGCUUUACCCAGUCUAAUACACCCACACCUAAACAGGACAUGAGUGAGGUGGUGUCAAGCGAAAGUACAUCCCAGAAUACAUCUCCACGGAAACGAAGCCAUGGCUCAGAGGAGAUCAUGGGUGAGAAAAACUCUGUCGACCUGAAAUCAAAGAAUAGAGGCGCCCUGGUCUGUCAGGGUGCAAGUCAGCCUAACACCACAGAGAAAAUCAACGGCAUCAUCCACCCCAAUAAUGAUUCUCUGAAAAAGUCCCCACAGUCAGGCAGGCACAUGGAGGCAGCCCCCCUGGAGCGGAGUAGAAGCAAUGGAGGUGGUGGUGUGGCCAUCAAUAAGACACUGAUGCAUCCCAACAGGCCUAGCCACUCCUCCAUGGAGCCUGUGUUUCCAUGUGGAGUAUGCCUGAAUGAAGUGAAUGAUGACCAGGAAGCUAUCCUGUGUGAGGCCUCAUGUCAAAAAUGGUUUCACAGGGUUUGUACUGGAAUGACUGAGACAGCUUAUAACCUGUUGACAGCAGAGGUGUUGGCAGUGUGGGGCUGUGACAUCUGCAUGGAGGAGAAAGGGGCACAGCUCCAUAGAACAAAGGAGCUAACAGGGCAGCCAGCAGGGCAGCAGCCAACAGUUAACAGCGAGUGAUAUGAAUAUGAGCCAUCAGUAACAUUAUUAAUCUUAUGCUGGUUAUACUAUUUUCUUUGGUAUAAUUCCUUUGGUGAUUUUUCCUUACGUUUUUACGUAGGGUUUACGAAGGGUUAAAUUUGUACCAUUUUGUUGUUUUAUUUGACAUUUGGUAUAAUUUGGAUAGCAGUGUCUGUCCUGUGCUUAGACCGAUGCAAGAGCUAGACUGAAGUCCUGUUUAAUGUCAUAUGUAUUCCCUAUUUUUGGGCAGGUACCAUUGGCCAUGUUGACCACAAUAAUGUCAUUCUCUUAACAAGGUCCUUAUUGUUUUGCUCAACUUUCCUGGCCUAUGGUUUAUAUAAGUUAUUAUAACAUCAGUAUGAGUAAGCUAUCCGGAAAGGUUAACUGAUUGACGGAUGCAAACGUAUUCAACGUUUUAAUCAGAUAUUUUUUUUAACUACUGUUAUAGUUUGACAGAUUUUGAGCAGUAUGAUUAUCAACAUUUUGGGAAACAGUCACAGCUGGAGUGGUGUUCCAAAGCCAAACACCUGGACUGUGCUAUACAACCAGGAUUGGAUCUGCAAUUUUUUUUUUUAGAAAUGAUUCGAUACAUGUGGGUCGUUCCACCAAUUUGAUGCCUUUUGAGGUGUAUAACUUGGUGAGAAAAAACACGUUUGAAAGUAACAGGGUUGAAGAUGUCAUCUUAAAUCACCCAUAAAUCCCCUCGUGACAAGGGAAAUGGAAGUUGUGUGUGCAACAGGGAGGGGCAAUUGAAUGCAAGCUUAAGAAAAAAGUAUAAAUGUUCAAUUUUUUUGCCUGUUUAAUCUAUCUAUGGGUAACAGGGUUGACGUGUUAUGCUCCCACCACAGAACACCAGAAAAUGGCCAAAAAGAGUAGAACCAGCUCACCUGAUUUUACUAUUAGAUAUUCAAUGUUUCUUUUCCUUUUUUUUAAAGGAAUCGUUUCACAAUGUUAAAACAAAAGUUCAGUUCACGUAACAGGGUUGACCUUAAAAUGAGGGCCAGGUUUUUUUUUCCUUAAAAUUAUUCACCAAUCACAUUAAAUAAUCUUCAUAAAAUGACUUUGUCAAAGCAAAAAAAAAAAAAAAAAGAACUAUGGCUUUACAAUGAUGGUUUAAACUUGGAUAAAUCUUAGUGGGUUAAAAUCUUCCUGGAAGUCAGAGUGCACGAAGGAACAUGUCAAAAUGCAGAAUUUUGGCACUUUAGCAAGUCUUCAUUUAUAUAAAAAAAUCUGAUUUGUUGAAUUCUCCAUGUGGUCUUUAUUAAAAGGGCACAUAUUUGAAUAUAACAGGCUUUUAAAAUUCAAUAUUGGUGCACAAUUUCUACGUAAAAUACCAAAGCGACGCAAAAGGCACUCAUUUUGUGGAACGAUCCAUGUGUGUUUUUAAAAAACUGUUGAUAUUGAAUGUCUUUAGAGCCUUAAUGAAGUUACUUUGUAAAACAUUAUACAGAUUAAGCUCAUUUAAAUGAACCUAUUAUAUAAAAGACAUGUAAUUCUCUAAAAAUGUUUUUAGUAUGUGUGCAGUUUGCUUUGCUCUAAUUGUAUUAUUUUUGCGCAAACAUGAUACAUUUAAAUCAACAUUUCUUUAUAUUUUGUUUUCAUUUUGGAAAGGUAAAAUAAUAUGAUAAUUAGUACUAAAGAGACAUGCUUACUGCAUAAAGGGAAAAUAACCUUGGUUCAAAAUAAACUUAUUUGUCAAAUUAUAGUUUCAAGCAUGGCUUCCAUUUUUGCUACUAGGGAAGUGUCAUGUUCCUGACCUGUUUUCUGUUUAGUUUUGUGUGUUAGUUGGUCAGGACGUGAGUUUGGGUGGGCAUUCUAUGUUGUCUGUUUCUAUGUUGGUUUAGGGUUGCCUGGUAUGGCUCUCAAUUGGAGGCAGGUGUUUGGCGUUCCUCUAAUUGAGAGUCAUAUUUAGGUAGGCGGUUCACAGUGUUUGUUUGUGGGUGGUUGUCUCCUGUGUCCGUGUCAAUGUUUGCACCAUACGGGACUGUAUACGGUUUGUUCAUUUUCAUGUAGUCUGUUCAUUUCGUUCUUCACGUUGUAUGUAAGUUCGUCGUUCAGGACUGUCUACUUUCGUUUUGUUAUUUUGUUAGUUUAUAGUGAAGUUCGUGUUUUCGUCUUGUCUUUAAUAAAUCAUUAUGUCUUCACAAUCCGCUGCGCCUUGGUUCAAUCCCUGCUCCUCCUCUUCUGAUGAAGAGGAGGAGGAUUAUCGUUACAGGAAGGCAGUUUUAGAAGUAGCUUAAAGUAAACUAAAUAUAUUUUCAAAUUGUUUGCUUUUCUCAUGUAGAUUUGUCUUAUUGCUUGAAGAACUUUUCAUUAAGUUCGAUAUUGUGAUUCAACUAUUUUCAAAAUGUUAACAGCAAAAAAAUUGUUUUACCUUUUUCAGGACCCUGUCUUUCAAAGAUAAUUCGUAAAAAUCCAAAUAACUUCACAGAUCUUCAUUGUAAAGGGUUAAAAACUGUUUCCCAUGCUUGUUCAAUGAACCAUAAACAAUUAGUGAACAUG